GGCGACGGCAAGAUGGCGGCGCUGCUGGCGGGAUUCACCCGGGCUUCCUGCCGCUUCCACGCCGCGCGACCGGCCCUGGUCGCCGCCGCCGCCGCCCUGCCGCUCCGCUGCCCGGCCGCCCCGCUGGGCCCCCCGCGGCCUCUCAGCUUCUCGGCGGCCGAGCUGGUGCGCGCCGCGCCGGGUCCGCUGCGGCCCUACCUGCACCUGAUGCGCCUGCACCAGCCCGCCGGGACGUGGCUGCUGUACCUGCCGUGCACGUGGAGCAUCGGGCUGGCGGCUGAGCCGGGCUGCCUACCCGACUGGCACAUGCUGGCCCUGUUCGGCGCCGGGGCGGUCCUCAUGCGUGGGGCUGGCUGCACCAUCAACGACCUGUGGGACCGCGACUACGACAAGCAGGUCGCAAGGACAGCAGGAAGACCCCUGGCAGCUGGAGAAAUCUCCACUUUUCAGUCCUUCGUUUUCCUUGGUGGACAGCUCAGCCUGGCUCUCUGUGUGCUUCUGUGUCUGAAUUACUACAGUAUCAUCCUGGGAGCAGCCUCCUUGUCUCUUGUGGUCACCUACCCUCUGAUGAAGAGAAUAACAUAUUGGCCACAGUUAGUUUUGGGACUUACGUUUAACUGGGGAGCCCUCCUUGGCUGGUCUGCCAUCCAUGGCUCCUGCGACUGGUCUGUGUGCCUGCCCUUGUACUUCUCUGGAGUCAUGUGGACCCUGGUCUACGACACCAUAUAUGCUCACCAGGAUAAAAGGGACGACAUCGUUAUUGGGGUAAAGUCCACAGCAUUGAAAUUCAAGGAAGAUACAAAGCAAUGGCUCAGUGGCUUCAGCACAGCAAUGGUUUCGGGUUUGUGUGUGGCAGGAAUGAACUGUGACCAGACUUUCCCCUAUUACUCAGCAGUGGCUGCCGUAGGCGCUCACCUAGCAUACCAGGGCCCAUUACACUUCAGUGACUCUUCAGCAGGGAGAUUCAUGCAGCUCAUAGAUUUACACUUUGGAUAUAGAUAAGCCUGAAGACUGUUGGAAGAAGUUCGCUUCAAAUCGUACUGUAGGAGUUCUACUCUUCGUAGGGAUCGUGCUUGGAAAUCUCUGGAAAAGGAAAAACUCUGAAACUGUAGAAGAGCCUGUAGAAAGCAGAUAGUUGAAAUUAUUAUAGAUACUGAUGUUUUAAUCUGGCUAAGAUGAAUAUCUCUAAGACGGGGAGCAGUUUUAACAUGAUUAUUUCUGGCUUAUUCUAUUUAUUUAUAAAAAGCUGAUGAUUUUUUUCUUUUUCUAAAAACAAGCAAACAAAACCAACAAAACACAACAAAACCAACCACAUGAGACUAUUUUGCAACAUAAGUUGUGAUUACUCUUGAAUGACUUCAGCCUCCCUAGUAGUGAGGCUGCUCAGUUGGUCCUGUGUAAUACAAGGGAACUCCUGACCUGCUCUCCAGACUAUGAGCCCAGCAGUUUGUACAGAACAAGACCGAUGUCUCAGUAGCAGGACAUGGGAAAAUGCAAAGCAAUUUCAGUAUGUAAAUAAAAUCUGUCUGUACGUG